GAGCGCGCACACAUUCCCAUUGUCCAAGAUGGCGGCGUAGGUGUAGCGUAUAUACGAUGCCUAUGUUUUUAUCGCGUUUUUACCCGCGUUAUUAUUUUCCACGCUGCUCGAGUAACGUUAGUUUGCGGUGCGAACGCGCGUUCCGCUUUCUCCGUUAGACAUCUUGAUGUGCGACGCGCUGAAAACCGCGGACUUUGUUGUGCAUCCAGUCUGCGUUGUGUUUGGCUCGGGAAAAGUUUGAGCAUCCGAAAAUGAAGCGUCAGGCCGAGCGGGACUCCAGUCCGAGCAGAGCUCUCGCGAAACGUCUUCGGGAAAGAGAACGAGACCGUGAUGGGAGCCGGAGGGAAGAUACAGCGGCGGUUAAUCAGCCGCCGCUCGCGCUGCUGCUCGCCGAGAGUCGGAGCUACCAGAAGCAGCAGCGCGCGCGAAGCCGCAGCGGUGAACGCGAGAAGCCCCGAGCGCGGGAAGAGCGAGCAGGCCUCCUCCCGCGGCCUCCGUCCGUCAUCCCGAAAAGCAAAGCCCCCGUCUUGGACCCGCUCGGUAGCAGCAGAGGCGCAAGCGGACUGGAAUACAAAACCUUGCUUAUUAGUAACCUGGGCUCGCAGCUUACCGACGAGCACGUGGAGGACGGUUUGUUUCACGAGUUCAAGAAGUUCGGAGACGUCAGUGUUAAGCUCUCGCACACGCCCGAAUUGGGCCGGAUCGCCUACGUGAAUUUCCGGCAGCCGGAGAGCGCGCGCGAGGCGCGACACGCCAAGGCCAGGCUCGUGCUGUACGACCGAGCGCUCAAAAUCGAGCCCAUGUACGUGCGUCGUCGCAGCCUCACACCGCCUGACGUCGCCUACGUGCCUCUGCAUGGCUCGUAUCCCUAUAGGCAACGCUCUCUGUCUCCUGGAGCGAGCGCAGUUCGGGAUGUGAGAACUAGAAAUUAUGUGGAUAGUAUUAGUCUGCGGGAACGAGAGCGCGUGUUGGACUAUUACAGUGCUUUGGAAGAGCGAAGCCGUGCCUAUGUGUACCCCCUGCCCGAGGACGAUUUAAUGCCCGAGGACGACCAGCGUGCCACCAGGAACCUGUUCAUCGGCAACCUAGACCACAACGUGUCUGAGGCAGAGCUGCGUCAAGGGUUUGACAAGUAUGGCAUUAUUGAGGAGAUUGUCAUCAAGCGGCCUGCUCGUGGACAAGGCUGCGGCUACGGGUUCAUCAAGUUCCAGAACCUGGACAUGGCGCACAGAGCCAAAGUAGCCAUGCAGGGCCGUGUGUUCGGUGGAAACCAGGUAAAGAUUGGAUAUGGCAAGGCCAACCCCACCACUCGCCUCUGGGUGGGCGGUUUGGGCCCAAACACCUCACUGGCUGCUUUGGCACGGGAGUUUGACCGUUUUGGCAGCAUUCGCACAAUUGAUUAUAUGAAAGGGGACAACUUUGCUUACAUCCAUUAUGAGAGCCUGGAUGCAGCCCAAGCAGCAUGUGCCCAGAUGCGAGGUUUUCCUCUGGGUGGCCGUAGGUUACGCGUCGACUUUGCCAAAGCAGAGGAGACCCGGUCCUACCCACAGCAGUACCCACCACCCAUCCCACUGCCCUCACAUUAUGAUAUUCUAGCUGAAGGCUUUGGUCGCCAUCGGAGCCUGGAGAGGGAACUUAGAGCGCGAGCCCGCUCACCUUCUCAUCCUCUUUAUGCAGAAAGGGAACGAGAAAGAGGGCUUCCCGAACGAGACUGGAGUCCUCCAAAGGGUACGGAGCGGAGGAGUAACCCAGAAGCGUUUGGUCGUACGAGAGCACGCAGUCGUAGCAGAGAGCGCUGGGCAAAAGGCUGGGAGGAAAGGCGCAAGCGCCGGAGCCGAACACGGAGUCGGAGUCUCAGUCCUGGUGAGCAGUCUGAGGAAAGAGGGCGGUCUAAGGUGCGAGCUGUUCCUCCAAGGACACCAGACGACAGCCCUGAACGAACUCGCGGCCGCCUCCCCGACUCCACUUCCGAUCCGCAAGACCAUACGCCCGACAGCAGUCGCCAUUCAAGCGAUGAGCGACCGACUGCGAAAGCUGGAGAUCCCGAGCGCAACCAUUGCAAAACUGACACAGAGCCAGACUCACACUCUGAAAAACCCAAAAGUGAACCCAAGAAGCCCAGCACGCUCUCAGAAUAUGCUCAGACCCUCAGCCGAGUGUGGCAUGGCUCCCUCAUCCUGAAAAACAGUUGCUUUCCCACUAGCAUGCAUCUCCUGGACGGAGGAGCCAACUUCUUCCUCUCACUUCUGAAGGACCAGACAAACAGCGGAAAGAUCACACAGCUCAAGAUCGCUCAGCGGCUGCGGCUCGACCAACCCAAGCUGGAUGAAGUGAGUCGCCGCAUCAGGCUCGGUGGCGCUGACGGUUACACCGUCCUCCUGGCCGUACAGGGACCCAUGGAUCGGGACUCGCCCCCACCUGAUGGACUACAGAAACGCUUCCUUCGCAACCUGGUGACCUACCUCAGGAGCAAACAAGCAGCUGGGGUUAUUGGUCUGCCUCUGGGCGGAUCGAAAGAACGAGAGACAGGAGGGAUGCUUUACGCGUUCCCUCCAUGUGACUUCUCCCAGCAAUACCUCCAGACUGUUCUCAAAACUUUGGGCAAAUUAGAGGAGGAACAUCUUGUUGUGGUGGUGGUUAAAGACUCAACUCAACCCUAAACAUUGUGAUCCAUUGUUUUGUUUUUCUUUUGUAAACACAAGUGUACAUUUUUAAAACUCCAUACUUUUACAGAUAAACAGGUUUUGUCGAUGGAUUAAGCUUGAUUCCUUUUCCACAAAUUCACCAUCCUUAAAGUUCUCUUUACACACCUUCAAAGCAACUUACCUUUUUUAUAUUUGAGAAAUUUGACUGGUGGCUGUUUUUUAAUUUUAUUUUUUUUAUAAAUCAUCUUUUAGGUAAUGAUUUGCACCACAGUUUUGAAGUGUUUUCUGAUCUUGAAUGCAAUGUUGCAGGAUUUCCUCCAGUGAGCUAAUGUGAUGGAGUCUAUUCAACAUAAAGUGAAGACUAGCAAAAAAAAAGUAAGCUGAAAUUACAGUCAAACACUGUUAACAGUUUUGUGAAGGGACUACAGACAUUCAACACUACUUCAUUUGCUUGUUGACUGAAAACCCAUCAAAACACAUUCCUCAGCGGUCCUCAGACACUCCACUCGUUCUCCCGAUUGCAGCUUUUUUCUUUUCUUUUUUUCCCCCUUCAUUUUUUUUUCACCACAUGUUCAACGAUGUAUGUUAUGUAUGGGAAAAAAACUGUAAGUAAACAUUUCAAAAGUCUUGUUUUUAA